AUGUUAGUCUUUCAAAGCUCAAACUUCAUUACUUCGAUAGUUAUUGGACUACUCCUGCUCCUCAGUCCAGUCUCCAGUAUCGCCGAUGUCGGGUUCUGCGACUACAGCAAUAUCAAUGAGCCGAUAGGAAUCGAUCUGGGAUAUCAGUACAUCGCCGCGUCCUAUGCCAACUCGUCCACCCUAUUCACUCCAUUAGCAGUAGUGAACAAUGCCGAAUACACCGCCCUAGUCUCCCAGUUAGCCGCCGAGGACUUUGAACGCUCCGAUCUCAAAAGCUUGUUUGGGAACCGCGAUGGGAGCGCAUAUGCCUUGCUCAAGGUCAUAACCUCACGCCUUACCUCCAAGCUCACUGCCAAAAUUCCAUACAUUAACCACCCUUAUGUCGAAUUCAUUACCGGCACAACCAGCCAGGUCUACGUGAGCCUCGCCACACAAUUCCAACGUCUUAUCGAUACUGCUCUCAGACGUUCACAAGAGCGCCCAAAGCCGUUAACCCUCUCCGGAAUCUCCGAGACGUUUAUCCGUGUGUUCCAGGACCUCCAAGCCUCCGCUAUCGCCGACACCGGCACCAAACUCUCCUUCGCCAUCAUAGGCAUCCCGGACUUCUUCAACGAAACUAUAAACGAGAUUGUCGUUGACGCCUCCCGCAAGGCUGGCAUCGAGACUCCUUCCCAUGCGCUGCCGCGGAGUUUGCUCACCCACUUCGAGAAUCCCACUAUCCGGGAAGGCGCUACUGUCCUUGUUUUGCACCAGGGGGCUGAGCACUGUGGCAUUCGGGUCUACUUCGAGGGCGGCAGCGGCAGUUCUAGUAGUAAAUCAUCGCGGAGGCGGAAUGCCAUGAAGAAGACACUUAAAAAUCCUGCUACCCGCGAUGCAUAUCUCCGACUUGACCCGUGGCGUAGCGAGAUUAUUCAUCGGCGACUCACAGAGUCACUAAUCAGAUCAAAUCAGGAGCUACAGACUCAGCUUGAAGUUGGGGCAGAUCGACAUGUCCUUGUUGCCUGUGUGGCACAGGCGAGAUUGCAGCUCAAGAGGCAGGACGUGUCGGUUGUAUAUCUGGGGACAGAGUCGCGCUCAGCGGACUUCUAUACUACUAUAGCAGACAAUUCUAAGGGCGAGUAUCUAGAGGACGUACCGCUGGAGUUGGAUAAGUGGUGGCUUUAUGGAAGCAAUCCCGGUGUGAAGCUUACGAGGGAGAUGGUUUUGGCUGCAGAUGAGGAGUAUGUGAAGGGGCUGGCGAAUACGAUUAACUUCUUCUUGCGUGCCACCCAGGGUCUGUUUACUUCUUCUCUCUUGGACUUCUCUCCAUUGGCCUCCCACUAA